CUAUAUUCUCUCUCUCUCUGCUCCUCCGCCGCCUUCUAUCCCCGCCGCUUUGACGACAUCGUCAUCCCCACCAUUGAUCACUCCGUUUUCAAUGAGUCCGCUGGCUCCCGCAAACAGACCUACUCGCGCAUCCGCCUCGCCCCGCCUUCAUCUUCCCCUUCCUCCGUCUCCGCCCGCCGCCGCACCCUACAUCUACGUCCCGCCUCCUCCUCCUUCGCCGAUAAUGCCCAAAUCGCUACCCUUCUCAAGCAAUUGUUCACGGCUAAAAUCGACUACACAAAUGGGGGUCGUGCGGGCCACAAACGGAAACGUGGCUGCCCUCCUACGAAUGGAAAAUUGGAGUCGGUUGUGGCGGUUGUUGCGAACAACGUGGAGAAAGACGGGGAAGUCACAAACGCCGUGGAUUUGGCAGCAUUGGGUUUGGUAGAGCAUCCUUAUAAGGAGGAGAUGAGAAGCAGGACCCACGGUUUGGGGACGGAAGAGGAAUUGUUGGAAUUUUUGAAAGGGUUGAGUGGAAAUGAAUUUGGGACGGCACUUCCUGUCGGUUGGAAGCUUUUAAUCUGCGUCAAGAAGAAGAAUGGCACUGCGCAUUUGUAUUGUCGUCGCUACAUAAGCCCCAGUGGACUGCAUUUUGUGUCUUGCAAGGAUGUUUCUUCGUAUUUACUCUCUCUUCAAGGUGUCCAACAUACAGCCACACAUAAUGAUAUUGACAAUGAUGAUAAAUUGACUUCUCGUGCAGUAAUCAUUAAUUCUUUUCAAAUAUGUCGUGAUGGCGGUGUAAAGGGUAGCCCAACUUCCCAUGUUCCAUCUCCCACUCUCGGUUCCGCUUCCAGUAAUCAUGAGAUGCAAAUUGAAAUUGGUGCUGGAGCUUUGUUGGAGAGCAGUUUAGAAGAAAUUUUACAUUGCAACAAGUGCAACGCAAAUUUCAAGGAUAGAGAUGAAUUAUUGCAACAUGAAUCAUCUGUUCACUCAAGAAACAGAUACAAAAAUUCCUUGCACAUUACUGAUCGAGUGAUAAAAAGCAGGUCGAGUACACUUCGUUUGUAG